AUGGAAGAUUACGAAUUAUUCAAUGUAAAUCCAGUUAGGAGUCCUCCACUUACUCUUUCUGAGAGCUUCAGCGUGCAUAACUACCAAUUUAAUGAACAGUUUAUGUUAGGGGCAGCAGCUCAAAAAAAAUUACUACCCAUAAGAAUAAACACAUCGAAAGGAAAGUUAACAAUUCUGAAUCAGUUAGCAGAUAGAUCGGUUAUCAAUAAAACCUAUGCACCAAAAGAAAAAGUGGCCUCGAAUAAAAAAGAUACUUUAGAUGACCCUGACAUUGACAUAUUAUUUUCAGAUGCAGAAUCAGAAGGGAGCUUGCCAACUAUACCGACGGAUGGGAAAGUUGUACUAGAUACAAUAGUUAUCUUGCAUAGCAGCAUUGAGCUAAGUGGUACCGCUAAAUAUCACCAUUGGCAUACGAAAAUUACUGAUUGUAAGACUAUACGUCAUGAUGAACCAAAAUUUAUAGAUGAUACAAUUUUAAUAACUACUGCAGACAAUAUGUUAUUUUCAAUUGUAUUUAAUGAGAAGCUGGAGCCCAGAAUAGUUCAUUGGUGGAUUCUCACAAGUCAGAAAAGAGCUGGUUCCUGGGAGAUAAUUCUACAUCCUGAUAGAAAACAUUUUUUAUUGUAUGAUAGAGAACAUGGAGUAAUUAAGUUUUUCGGUUUACAACAUGAAUGUCCCUAUUAUUUUGACCUAACUCGAAAUAUGAAUUUAAUUAACACCAUAAUUUCAUGCUGUUCGUAUUUUAUUUCGAAAACCGAGGUUUUGUUGUUCAUUACAGGAAUUAGGUCAUCUAGAGUAUUUUACUGUGUGCUAACCUGGCCGAUGAGUUCUGAGGAGAAACCUGAAGUACAUCAAUUUGCUGUUCCAGAUGGUAAAUUGGUUCAAAAUGUUAUUCCUUUUAACAAUAAUUAUUGUUUGUGUGUUAAAACUAAUUCUGUGGACGUAUUGUCCGCUCAUCAACUAUUAAUAUCUGACGGCCACGGCUCAUCGGUAUGUGAAAGAAGUGUCUUAAGUGACAUUACUCAUUUUGAACAUGACGAGCUAUUGUUGGAAAAGCUCAAGUCCCUAGAUUAUGAAAAAUAUCACCGCUACACUCGUUCUAUUUUGUUUUCAACCACUCACAGUAGUAUUUGUGUUAUUCUAGCGGACGACCAGGGAGCUGCUCAGUUUUAUGGCUUAACAAGAUUUAAGGGCCUCAGAGGUUUUACUUUACUUUCGGUUCAAGAUACUGAUCCUGCAAACUACAAGUUACAAAUCAUUAGUUUUGAUAAAGUAUUUGAGAUAAUCCUGAAUAUAUCUGACUUGAAAUGUCUAGUACAAGAUUCUGAUAUCGAGUCUAUGUCGAAUGUAUUGGCUCGAUAUACAAAGGACGCAAGCUUUGCAAAUGCUGACCAAUUAAUAUCAUUUUCAGCCAAAAUGCCAAUUACACAUGAACACAAUGGGAUUGAACUUUGGUCCUGUGGUCCAUCAUCCUUGUCAAGCAUUUCGACUAAUGGUUACGUUGAACAUUAUAGAAGCAUUUUAAAGAUAAGUCAAUUCCAAUUUUUCAGCAGACUUUUUGUAUUGCCUAUUGCCACUUUACCUGGUUCCCUCCGCCUAAAAAUGUCUAUGGAUGAUCAAGAAAGCGAUGGAUACCUCGUUGUUGCAUCUGAUUCUAAUACAGUGUCCAAGGCAUUUUUAUUAUAUUUCAACACGGUAGAAAAUAUAGAAUGUGAUGAGGUAGAAGACAUUUUAAGUUUUCACAAUGUUCCUACAGUUCACUAUUCUGUUACAGAGGAAUUUUUCGUACAGAUUACUACGGAGAAGAUGUGUUUACAGUCAUUUAAAAAUGAAGCCGAUACAUGGGGAUAUAAUUUACCCUACAAAGCAGAUGGAGCAACAAGUAGCGGUUCACAGGUACUAAUAUGGUCUGGUUCAAAUUUAAUAUAUUUCCAAGAUAUAAACCUUAGGGAUAAGUCUUUGAAAGUUGGAAGCGUUGGUAAUGCAACAAUAGUGCACCGUAUAGAGAAAGCCUUUUUUAAUGAAGAAGGCUCCGAAAUAUAUCUGAUAAUAAACCAUAAAAUUUUGGUAUGUGCCAUUGAUGUGAAAGCUGAAGAAAUCAACGUUCUACGAGAUGUUGAACUGGGUUCUUUGUUAUUUGAUGCGGUUCUGGUUGGUUAUAAUGAAAUAAUCUGCUCAACUAUUCCCGGUGCAGCAAAUGCUGGUGUGUCUUCGAUCUGUAAACCAUUUGAUAUUACUGCUGGUUUUAAUAAUUUAACAGGAUAUUAUAACAUUGAGUAUCUAGGACAUGGAACCUGUAUGUUUUAUAAUCCACAUAGUAUUUUCCUGUAUGAUUUAUUCCGGAGGGAACGAAUUCCUGUAAAAUUGGCAGAUUGGAAGAGAAAUAACAAAAUCAUAGCGAUCAAACGAUUGGCUGAUCGUUUUGCGAUUCUAUUUGGAGAUGGCUUAAGAGUAUAUGAAAAUGCUUAUCGAUCUUUCACUACGUCAAACAUUGUUCUAAGUUCUACAAGUUGUACCAAAAAAUUUCUAUAUCUUGACAAGAUCAGCCGAUUACUUGUGGCAAACUGUAACAAGAAAACACUCGAGUGCAUUAAACUGGAAAAUGGUAGGCGAAGUAUUCUGUACACUGGUAGGAUUUUUUCAGACGUAGAUCUGCUGUUAGAUGUUCAAGAAUUAAUUUUAGAUGAACUGCAUCGUCCAAAUCUUCAAAUCAAUAACAAGGAUCAUAUAAUAUUAGCUUGCAGCUGUAAAAGGAAACUCGUUGAUUCGAGAGGUGGAAAGAAUGUCAUUAAAAUACUUCUGAUAGUUCCAAAUCCGGGCAGGUUGGUUAUAACACAUUUAGUUUCCCUAGAGUUGGAGUCCAUCGGCUGUAACGGUAAGAUUAAAUCUGUGAGUGAUUGUUCAUUCUGGGUUUCUAUUGAGGACUCAAUAGCAAAGUACCAGCUGGUAAGAACACCAAAUGGUUCUAAAGAUCCGUUUACUGUUGAACGAAAAUACUCUUGGGAAGUAUCCUCAACAAAAUCGUUCGAUGCCGAUGACUUCAUGGUAGCAAAUGUAACUGUCGAUGGUCAAAUAAGCAUCCUGACGUUCCAAACCAAUACUACGUAUAUUCAAGACAACCAGGAAAAUACCCGCAAACACACUUCAGUAUACAUUACAAAAGAUGGCUCCGUAAUAGCAUACGUAGAGCCACUCAAUCACAGCAACAAUCUGGUAACCGGUGCAUUAGUUUUAUAUCUUCCACGCGAAAAUGGCUUUCGGCAACUUAUUGCAGACGCUAAAAUACUGUUGAAGAAAAUCGUAAAAUCUUUACACAUAACAUCCAAAAACGAUAUCUACUUACUUAAUGUUGACGGUACUAUAACUGCUUUUAAAAUCACAAAAUCCCACAAUAUCCACAAUGCAGAUCUGAUUUUGGCCGAUGAUGACAGCUCUACUUAUGAAUUCUCUGGUCCGCCAAACAUACACUUAUUAACCAGAUCCACUACCUCCAUCACUAACAAUAUUGGAAUGUGGGAUCUCUCAUUCACACCUACUGAUUAA